AUUAAUUUAAAUUAGUUAUUUUUUAUUUUAUUAUUCAUAUGCAAAUGUUAAUUUACUUAUAUAUCGUUCAUAAAUGAUUAAUUAUUAAUAUAUCAUUAUAAAUGGCCGGAUAUAAGCAACACGAAAAUGACCCAACUGCUGAUACGGAAUUAGAAUCAUGGCCAGAAGAUAUAAAUGGAAGAGUUCGUGUGUAUGGGCCGAGCUUUAAAAAAAUGAUUCCUCGUAGCAAUGUCUUAUCAGUUCUAGCUAUGUCAAUAGUAUUGAGUUUAUGCUUUGGAGUUCUAAUUGGAUAUUUUGGACAUGCUGUACAUCAUCCAGAAGAUCAUUGUUAUAGUGAUACACUUGUCAGAUUAACAUCCGAAGCUCAUGAUAAAAUUACAGAAGAUAUACUCUCAAAUGUCAAGGAAAUUAAUAUCAAACACUAUUUAGACCACUUGACUAAAAAAGUUCAUCUAGCCGGCACCGAAAGGCAACGUCAGUUAGCGAAUGACAUAUCGAGCGAAUGGACAAAAAACAAGCUGGAUAACGUUCAAACGAUCACCUACGAUGUCAUGUUAUCCUACCCUGAUUCAGACAAACCUAAUAGAGUAAGCCUACUAGACCAAUAUGGGAACGUUCAGUGGGUCUCGUCCAAGAUGGAAAAACCUUUACGCGCCGAUGAAGAAGAUCCCAAUAUCGUCGCGCCAUUUAACGCCUAUUCCGCUAGCGGCUCUGUCACGAGUGACCUGGUGUACGUUAAUUAUGGAAGGUUCGAGGAUUUUCAGCUGCUGCAAACCGAAUUUAAUGUAUCCUUACAAGGUAAGAUCGCUAUAGCCAGGUACGGAAUGAACUUCAGGGGAAGCAAAGUCAAGCACGCCGAAACUUUCAACCUUUCGGGCAUCAUACUAUAUUCGGAUCCCAGGGACUCUGCCCCCCAUUCCGGCAACGUAUUUCCCAACUCUUGGUGGAUGCCCGACUCCGGUGUGCAAAGGGGCACGGUAUACGAUAUGAAUGGCGACCCUUUGACUAUCGGCUAUCCGGCCAAUACUUAUAUGUAUAGAGAACUGCCUCGGAAAGGUCUCCUUCCGGCCAUUCCGGUCUACCCUAUCUCCUACUCCGACGCUUACCAUUUGCUAAACGGUAUGGGCGGUGCUCCGGUUCCGGUUUCUUGGAAAGGAGCGCUCAAUUUGACUUACAGGACGGGACCCGGAUUUUUGGACGAUAAGAAAUAUUGGAAAGUCAAGUUCGAAGUGAACCUUAAAAGCCAAAGAAAACCGAUUUACAAUGUCCUAGCUCGCAUCAACGGCACCAUAGAACCAGAUCGUUACGUUAUACUGGGAAACCAUAGAGAUGCCUGGACUUUUGGAGCAACCGAUCCUUCUAGCGGCACGGCUUGUUUACUGGAAAUCAGCCGGGUGUUGGCUAAAUUACAUGAACAAGGCUGGAAACCGAGAAGGACCAUAAUAUUUGCGAGUUGGGACGCUGAAGAAUAUUCUAUAAUCGGCUCGACAGAAUACGUGGAAGAUCGGGUCAAGAUUCUCAGGGAACGGGCCGUGGCUUACUUGAACGUCGACAUUUCGGUUCUAGGUAAUUAUUCACUUAGAAUUGACGCGUCGCCGCUACUAACCCAGGUGGCCUAUGAUGUUGCGAAAAUGAUUCCUAAUCCCAACCCUUUAGAAGUAAAAUUAGGGAGGAAAACGGUUUACGACACGUGGUUAUACACAGCAACUACCUCCGACACCGCCAAUUCUCAUUAUUCCACGGAUAAUCAACCUAGGAUAGGGGUUUUGGGUUCAGGGAGUGACUUUGUAGCGUUUGUUAACAUUGCCGGAGUACCUUCCAUCGAUAUGAGAUACAUGUUCGAUCGGAAAAGGAUGGAUAUAAGCACGUACCCUUUGUACCACACAAGGCAUGAUACGUUCUUCGAUGCUAUCAACUACAUUGACCCCGAUUUCGUUUAUCACAAAGCUGUUUCCCAAUACUGGGGCGAAUUGGCUCGGGUUCUGGCCGAUUCCUACGUCUUGCCCUUCACGCCUUUUCAUUACGGGAAAGCUUUGAAACGGUUUUUGCACGGUAUAGUACAAGCCUACGAUACCACUAUAAUCAGGAACGAUAUUAAUCUGAAUCCUCUUACAGAAGCAGUCAAAGAUUUUCAAGAUGGUUGUUUAGCUUUCGCCACUCGUUACCCUAAUUUUUCCUUUCACCCUGACGACGAUAAUCAAAUCAACGAUAUUAACUAUUCACCUUCGCAUUCCUCGCACGGUGAUACCCACAACGCUAACAAGAACCCUUCCGAAAAUCCCCGCGCCGAUCCUGUCCAAGUCAGGGCCUUCAACGACAAGCUCAUGCAAAUAGAGCGAGCCUUUUUGGACCCAGGGGGUUCUCCACUCCAACCCUGGUACAAGCAUCUAAUAUUUGCUCCCUCUUCCCUAAAUUUCUACAACGGUUCUGGAUUCCCGGCCCUGUCUGAUUUGCUUUAUCUGCUGACAAAUUUACCCUUUGACAAGGAUAGAAAUGAACGCAAUUUCGACCCAAGCCGCGAUUCGAUAUUUCGCCGAAUUCACGAGCUUCUAAUAUCAACAGCCAAUCACUAUUCCUCGCUCAACGAAUUAUCGUUAACCGCACCUUCUUAUUACAACUCAGAUCACGCUAAAGCUCUGAUAAUGGGGACUUUCGGACUUGAAAAGCUUGCCAUGGACUUCGAAAACCCGGCACCUUUUCACGUCAAUAUGGUUGACGGGGGCAACAGCAGGAAAAUAACUAAACAUCUGUUGCUCAAAGUUAUCCACAAACAUAUAGCCGUGCUCGCUUUUACGAUAAGAUCGGCAACUUCCGUUUUGGAAGAUUAAAAUGACUUGUUUCGAUUAUAAGAUUAUUCUUAUAAUACAUAUUUGUAAAAAAAAAUUAUUAUAUUUUACUAUUUAAAAAAAAGAAGAAAAUUAGAAAAGUUGUGCCAUUGAGUUUAUUCCUUCCUAUCCUAUAUGUAAUAUAUUGUUAAUAAUUAAAUAUAUUUUUAUAUCAGAUUUAUAUAUAUAUAUAUACCUAUUGGUAAAUAUUUGUAGAAUUAUUUUAGAAACUUUUGGUCCAUUUUACACAUUUUUUUACUCUAAAAAAAAUAUAUUGGUGAUAAAUAAUAUAUAUGAUCCUCAUAAUUCAAUACUGUGUAAUUAUUAUAAACUUUUCGUUUUAAUUAUAAAUAAUAAGGCACAUUUAUUACAACACGUAUU